AUGGACGACAUUUUACAGCCUACCUACCAUGGAUACAUUGGAAACACCGAAGACGCCGUACUUGUGAUGCAGGCAGUUCUUGAUAAAAAACUUCCUGCAAUCUCUCGAAGGGUCAACCCGACCGAGAGAAGUGAAGUCAUCCUACUGGGCAAUGUAUUUGUCUUUUUAGAAGACUCUUCCAACAUCAAAAGAUGGACCGACGGUAUCACCUGGUCUGCUUCUCGAAUUUUGGGUCGAUUUUUAGUCUACCGUGAAGUCGACAAAGACAACUUGGUCGACAAAUCCCUCCGCGGGAAGCGGAAAAAGCGUAGUGCUUCUGUCGUGGCCGACGAGGCAGCUACCUCAACAGAAACAGACUCUCUGAUGUCUUCAUCGCGCUCAGAAGUAAAAAUGGCUCGCAGAGCGUCCGAAAUGGGUCUUCGCCGAGGUUCUGAGAUUAUGGACUACAGAAGUGGCUACAUCCCAUGGCCUCCAAAACAUGAUCCCGGACUUAACAAAAAGACAAUUUCUUUCACAGUCAUUGAUGACGAUGAAGAUGGAAAGGAGACAAAGCGUACAAUUCAUCUCAUCUCGUAUUUUGCUCCUCAAGAUAUCGUUAAUCAGACAUUAGUGCGUCCUUCGGCGUCAGUGUUGGCAGAGUCAUCCGUUUCACCCCUGCUACGAACUGCAGUAGACAAGUCACUUCAAAACAUGAAGCCUUCACCUGUUGAUCAGGAGAACUUCUUUUUGGAUUCGAAGUAUCAACUUCUGAAAUUUUCUACUGCCAGCAGACGCUUGCCAAUCAUGCGCUACGACCUGGCAGGUGCCGACAGCCAGACUUCCAGCGAUAACGCUGCUGCAGAGACUAAACACGAGGCUUCUAGCAGCGAGGCUCCUCCUAAAUUAGAGCAUUUCCCACCUAUUGCACCUGCUCGUAUGCAAGGCACUCAAUUCGUUAACCCAUUCAAUAGCAUCCCUGGACUCAAUGGCAUUAGUACUCUCAGUGGCCAAACUGCCGAGCCAGGCUCAGGUGGAGGCGUAGGUUCUGGAAGUUCUACUAACUCGGCGUAUAUUCAUAGCCAGGAGUAUAGGCCAAGACCUCAAAUUAAUCUCAGUAAGCCUCCAGUUUCAAACAGGUCCGUCGCUCCACCUACCCAAGCCCCAAAACUUAGCAAUGAAAAUAGGCCUCCGGUUCUUUCCCUUGAGAAACCAUCCAUAAGUAUACUGGCAGGGAAAACCCAACCGGCCAUGCCGGUGCCCAUACUCAAGCAAGGAGUUGUUGUUCCUCAGCGAAUCUACACUCUGCCCCUGUUUCUGUUUGGUGAGCAGCCCUCGCCGCAGCCUACCCUCCCCAGUAACUUUCAGAAUGCAUUUCAUCACACGACCCUGCAAAGCGGCUUCCCUAGCCCAUAUCAAACUUCUUUUGGUGGGCGAGUAGAUCUCGAUCCGCAAUUACUUGCCCAGCUGAGACGCUACUAUCCCGACUAUCAUAUGCCUAACAUUCAUGCUCCAAACGUACCUGUGAACCCAACGUAUGCAUUCGGGUACGACCAGCCGUUUUCGACUGGUAAUGGAGUAUUUCAUUCGUUCACCCAUGAGCAAUCAGACCAUUUCCAGGAGCCAAUGCAACGCCCGGACAUGAUGCUUGCUUUCAAUAGCCGCAUAGAAUCUCCUUUAGGUUUUGAGUUUCCUGCCUAUCUUCAUCGUCCCAGAAGUAAACAGGAAGACAUGGAAGCAGGUCACGGAUUCGAGGAAAACUUCCAUUGA